CAAGCGGAAAACGAUCACACAACAUAGCGCUGUGGAGUUCUGAGGGACAAAAAUGCAUUGGAUAUUAUAAGCAACCUGUAAUUACGCGCAAGGGCCCUAUUGCGUGUUUGUGAUGUCUAUUUAUUUAUAAACCCCCCUCUCUGACUUGCACACAUUAAAAAAAAAAAACCUCGCAUUUACGCAAACUUUUAAUACCUGCUCAGAAACUUAGAUGGAAUUUUUAUCGGCGUGUAAACUUGUCGGAUUUAUUAAUUAUUCCUUAGGCCAUGGAUAAUGGUUGGACAUCUGGCAGUCACACCCGAUCAUUCCUUUUACUGCCUUUGUUUCAAUUCAGAUAUAAUUGAUAAUUGCCAAAUUUUGAAUUUUGUCGGGAUUCCGAAAGAAGAAAGGUUGAAUUACAUCGUCAGACGCGUGCAGAAUUGAUCAGAUCAUAUUAGAGUGAGAGCUGCAGUGAACAUCGUAUAGUGACUGAUCGCAUCUUAGACAUGGGAUACAUGUAUAUCAUCCUCUUUUCCAUUUUGAUAUGCAUCAUGGGGAGCCUUUCUUACGAGGAUUGCACAUCGAACUCCUCCAGCGAUAUAUCAAAGUGCUGCAGCUUAUGUCCACCGGGCCAUGGAGAAAUCGAGAAAUGUACAAACGAAACAGACACAAAAUGUCAGCCUUGUGAACAUAGAAAAACGUUUUCUUCAUCAAAAUACGACACAUUACCCUGUAAGAAAUGUAAAUCUUGCAGGGAGAUGGAACGAGAAAUUUUGCCGUGCAAUACCACGCAUGAUACCGUGUGUGGGUGUCCAUUAGACUUCUAUUUUGCAGAAGAAGUAAAGAAAUGCCAACUUUGUGACUUGUGUCCAUAUGGAUGGGGUGCCAUAGUCGCUUGUAGCACUGACUCUAACACCAUAUGUAGGAAAUGUGAAAAUGGUACUUUCUCCGAUGUCAAGAGCGCCACCUCUCGGUGUAGACCAUGUUCCGUCUGUAGACCCACCCAGUUCACAAUAAUGGAGUGUACAGAUGAGCAGGACACCAUGUGUUUAGAUAAACCAACAGCGUUCCUAACGACAAAACUAACACAACAGCCACCAAGUAAAACCAUCAAAGAGGACGAAUUUGACGCCAUUCCAAUUUACUGCGCAGCUCUAGGAGCGGUAGUUUUAGGUCUCCUUGGUUAUGUAUUCUUCAAACAGUAUUCCAGACUCAAAGACAAAAAACGCCACCAAAUUCAUGAUCCGCACGAUCAUGUGGAAUAUGCCCGAGCUUCCGGUGGUACAGACAGCGGUGUGUGCGUUGAUUUCACCAUGCAAUGUAAAACAUAUAAUGAGCUCACAAAGUACAAAGAUCUUCCUAUAUCAAAGAGAAAGUGCGUGGAGCAUCAGUUAGUUAGCCGCCGCGGAAAUCCAAGCGACUGGAGAGCCCUGGCACAAAUUCUCGGAUACACGUCUGCGAAGAUUGACCAGUUAGAAUCGUGUGCUGGAGAUAGUUUACAUUGUUGUCAGAUGAUGCUGCAGACUUGGUCGCACAGUAAACGGAACACAACUGUGGGCAUACUAAUGAAGGGACUUAGUCAUAUAGGUCGACAUGACAUUGUGAAAAUCUUACAAGCAGAUUUACAAGUUUCAAAAUCAGAUCAUAAACAUGUUCGAAUUGUAUGACAUAAUUUUACGUUACUUUGAAUAAUCAAUAUAUUAUUUUUAUUUCUCUACAUUCCAAGAUGAAAGAGAACACAAUGCUUGUUUACAGCAAAAUAUAUGACCUUGGAAAUGUCAUUGAGUAUGAAAUCAAUGAUCUUUUCUGAUGCUGUUUUAUAUGUACAUUAUGAAUCAUAAACUCUUUAAAUUGUUUUGUUUGUACAUCAAGCCAAUGCUUUUUUUUUUUAAAUUUUAAUUUAUUAAAGUUUUUUCUUCAAAA